AUGCCCCACAUUGCUGCGUCGAUGAAAACAGUCCUACAUCACGCAUAUACAAUAUAUCUCUUCACCAAGUCUGAUUUGAAAACUAUCUUCUUUCCCAUCCUCUUAUUCGCACUCGCGUCAGUACCGAAUACCACACCUACACGCUUCAUGCACGCCUCAUUUUGGGUGUGGUUGCACCUGCUUCAAUUCUCUAGAACACUUCGUUGGCUAAUUCUCCCUGCCUGCCUUACUCUCUCCAUGAUACAUGGCGUCUUUUCCAUCGGCACAAUAUUUUCAAUUUGUGUGAUUCUACACAAUGAAUGUCUCCUAGACUCGCACUGGUUCACCCGCAAUGUUCUCAAUGCCCUAGCCUAUGCUCUUUUUGAUGCUGGUGCGACAUAUAUUGCUUGCUCAGAUGAUUCCGCUGCGUUCUCACCACGAGUCGUUUCAGCGCAAUAUAUGAGCGUUCUAAUUGUUCUGACGACCGUCCAUGCGCAAGACUUUCGCGACGAGGCAGGGGACAGAUUGCAGAAACGCUACACCAUACCUGUCGUGAUGCCACAUAUUGGCCGUGUCUCAAUGCUACUUUUCCUGGUAGCAUGGUCAUUUGUGCUAUGCGCCAUGUGCCGACUCUCUUGGUGCCAAUUUGCAGUCAUGUUGGCACUUGCUGUAUUGACAGGAGGGCGGUUCUAUCUCAUUCACACCGCAAAGGCGGACCGGUUAUCGUACACUAUCUAUAACAUGCGUGGUCUUCUGAGUGACGGUAUCUGGCUGGCGCUUGCUCGAAUCGCACCCCUAUAUGGGUCACCGAUAUUCAGUUGA